GUUGUAAAAAAUUCGAAGGAAAGCUUAAAAGAAGAGAAAAAGAAAACGAUUUUAUCAAAACCCGACGUAGAAGAGACCUAUCCGGCUAUCCCUAAUUAAGUACUUUUCUUGGUUCGCGUUAGGUUUUUGGUUUUAAGCGGUCACUCACCGUCUUGAAAAAUUUUGAAUCCAUUUUAGCGUCGUCCCUCAUAAUCAAAUCGUGCGUUGUUGCUACUCUCUUGAAUCCUAAUUAGGAGAUGGAAGCUCUCUACGCCAAGCUCUACAACAAAUACACCACCCUCAAGGUUUCAUUUCUCAUCUUAAUUUCUGAUUCGGAUUUCGAAUUUACAAAAAAAACCCUCUUUUUUCCCUUCCAGGAGAGGAUUUUUUCGGAAUUGGAUGAGGUUAAUUUGAAUCAAGAAGAGAAGUUCCUUCGCUUUGUUAAAGCGUCAGAGACCCUGACGCAGCAUUUGAGAAGUGAAGACCAGAGUUCGAAGGAGACCAUAAGGAGAAUGAGGGAUGAGAUAACUGAAAUCACAUCCGCCAGGCACCAGGAGCGUCUGGAGUUUCAAAACCGUCUUGCUGAAGAAGAACGAAAGAACAAAGCACUUUCGGAGCAAGUUGAGAAACUUAAAGAGCUUAUCUCAGAGGGAGUUCCUCAAAGUGGAAGAAAACAAAAGACUCCCGAAUCUCAUCAAGUUACUACUAGAAGCAUGGGGAAACGUAGAAGGCUGACAGAGGAUGUGGUAGAAACAGACAUGGCAUCACCUCAUGUUAGCAUACGGCAGAAAUCAACUACGGAAACUCUCUUGGUUUCUCAACCACAAUGCUCUAAAACAGCCGACGUUGGAUCAAGUACCUCUGCUGGUUCUCCAUUCCAAGCUCUUAGCGAACAAUUGACAGGAAUGAAACUGUCAACCAACAAUGAAGGCGAACGAGUCUGCAUUAUAGCCUCGCAUCCAUCAAGCGGUCUAUCAUUCAGCUUAACUUUAGUAGAUAACUCAACUGGUGAAGAAGCUGAGCUGCUCUACAAUGUUGUAUCGCUGGGGACAUUUGAAAGAGUUGUGCCCAACUGGAUGAGAGAUGUUAUAAAGUUUAACACAAGUAUGACUCCUCUCUUCUUCGAACGAGUCUCUCGAGUCAUCAAGCCCCGGGAUUGAUCGGUAAUGUACAUCUGCCUCCCUUAACUUCCGCCAUCAUCUUUGAUGGCUUCUUAGUUUGGUGUUUCUCAGCUCAGUAGGUGAAAAAGUUAGGGAAGUUUUCAUGUAUCUAUAGAAAUGUUUGUAUCCCUCUUUAGCUUUGACAUUGGUUAUGCAGACUUAUUGUGUCCUUUCAAGAUGUUUUUUUUUAAUUGUCUUUUGCUAUCGGCACCUACUCUCUUGUAGUUCCUAUACUCUUUGAUCUAAUUUGAAUUUUGUGUGA